CAGAAGCCAUUUCAGAAUUGAAGCAGCAAAUAUCUGAAGGAGAAAACCAGAUCCCAUCUUCACAAUCCAAAAUCAUGAACGUAGACGAAGAGGUGGAGCGUCUCAAAGAGGAGAUCAAGCGUCUCGGCAAACCUCAAUCCGACGGCUCCUACACGGUUACAUUUGGUGUGCUAUUUAAUGAUGAUAGGUGCGCUAACAUCUUUGAAGCUCUAGUUGGAACGCUGCGUGCAGCAAAGAAGCGAAAAAUUGUCACAUACGACGGGGAGCUGCUGUUGCAGGGAGUCCAUGACAACGUCGAGAUCAAGCUGAAAGCAGAAGCAGUACCAAGUGAUGCAGCUGAAAGUACCUAAAAGGAUGUGGUAUAAAAUCCUUACAGCUUGGACGAGCUCGCCAUUUCCCUAUUGUGUGAAAUCUGUGUUGUAUCUACCGAGAUGUAAAAUGGAUGCUACAAACUUCUCAUUUGCAGAAGACCUACUGCAUUUAUUGUUUGAUGUAUUUUGAGUUUCUGAAUUAUGGCGUGUUCGACCAUUUAUGCGUUGAGUCAAGAAAUUGUGAACAUACAAUGUGGUUGGUGUAACUAUAAACACAUGAAUCCAAAAUCUUCAUUCUGUACUAA